AUUGAUUUUAUAUUUUAAUUUUCUUUCAGUUAAAUUUAUUUUAUGAGUACGUUAAAAUAUAAAGUCCAUUAAAGAAUGAAAAACUAUGUUAUUAAUUCCAAGCUUCUGUUAGUGGGAAUUAUCUUUUUAUUUAAAGAAUUGCGUCCUGUGGCCUUGGAAGAUGUUUACGGUUGUCACGAUUUAGAAAGGGAAACCAUCGCAAAAUAUGGAGAGGAGGCGAAAAGAUAUCAUUGGUAUCCCAAAUGUCUAACGGGUGGAUACUACCAGAAUGUGCAAUGCAAUUUCGGAGGAUGUUAUUGUGCUUAUCUGGAUACUGGAUUACAAAUACCAAACACCUACGAAAAUUUACUUGUACAGUAUAUGAAAGAUAAUUGUCCUUGGUUGGCAAAUAAAAUGCCGGACCCAUGUACACCGCCUCCAAAAGAAUUUCCGUGCAAAGCGGCUUCAACAAGAUUUUACUUCAACCCUGCCAGCGGAGAGUGCGAGGAAGGUAGCGAAAUGUGUUUGGGAUUUGAAACACAGGAGUCCUGCGCAAAGUCAUGCGUGGUGAAGAAACGACACAGGUGUAACUUCCGAGCCAGCAAAGGAAUAACUUGCGACAGACGUAAACCUGGUGAACGAUGGUAUCACGAUGAAGAUCAGGGAAGCUGUAGACCAUUCUACUAUGAAGGCUGUGGCGGAAAUUCGAAUAACUACAGAGAAAAAUGGACGUGUCUGAAAACGUGUGAGAGAAUUCAUACCGCGGAACUGAUAAUCCAGGUUGAGAAAACGAAAUACAUUAUAGGAUUACCAACGUGGCUGGUCGUCAAAAACCUUUACGUUCCUUCAGCUCCUAACGUUAUAACGUUCGAUGAAUUCAAAGAAAUAGAGGGCUACAUGACGGAGAUAGCAAGAUUCCCAUCCGACGAUAAAGAAAGAGAAGGAGAAAUUGACCAAGAGAGAGAGCAGUUUCGGCCAGAACAUGCUCCCAAAAACAUGUCCAUAGAUACAUUGUGUAACCAGAAAAAGCAGUCAGGGCCAUGUAGAGCGUUAAUGCCCAGAUGGUACUUUGAUAAAAAGCAGUCGAAGUGUGUCAAAUUCAUAUACGGUGGAUGCCUUGGGAAUGCGAACAGACACAAGACUGCCCAGGGAUGUGCAUUUUUUUGUAACGCUAAAGUGAAGCCUUCAGCUAAAGACAAGUUCGACGACUUGAUAGCCACGGGUGGAAAAGGACCUUUCGGUACCCUGGCACCUCCUAUACCAAAACCCGAUAACAAAGGAAAACUCGAUGGUUCGCGAGAUCUAGAUCUUGGCCCACCAAUCCCGCCUGGAGCCGAGACCACAACGGCGGAACCCGAAACUACAAGACCUGCUGUGGUUGAAUCCGGCGAAGAAGCAGAAGUAGAAUUCAUCUUAGAAUAGCCAGAGGGUGGAACCAAGCUGUGAACUGUUGAAAUCCUUGUAAAUUUAAAGACGCCUACAUAUCAAAAUUAUGAAGUAUUCAUCGUAUGUGAAGCUGCUUCUUCGUGUUUUUCCGACUUUAGCUAAUGGUAGGCUUACCAUACGUCCCGCUUUAGGCGGGACAGUCCCGCUUUUCAAUGUCUUGCCCCGGUGUCCCGACAGGUCAGCCAAAUGUCCCACUUUGGCGUUCAACCAGUCAGCAUAAUACACGAACAAUGCCAAAUAGAAUGUUCUUGAUUCUGCUGUUGCUGUGUAGCGUACCGUUAGCCUUCUUGUUGGAAGCGGGUUUGUUCGUUUCGUUUGCUACAUUUUGUUACGUGUAAGCCCCGUACGCCAAAGGGGUGCUUAACGUUAACGUAAAUUUAUUUAUACUUUUUGAACUGAAACGAUAUUUAGACAGACAGCGCAUGAACUUUCGAUUACAAUAUGGUCAAUGAAUACGCUCGGGAUGGUUUUGAAUGUAGACCCCAAUAUAACACUUGAAGGUGCAAAAAUCACAGCUAUGGUCUUUGGAGGCGUCCCGCUUCGAUAUCACAAAAAUAUGGUAACCCUAGCUAAUGAUGUUCAAACUGAAUUAUUCGGAGAUUGUUUCGUCAUCAAAAUCGUCUGAAUAUAUAUUUUUGUGCACUUAUAACAUCGGCUAAUCAACUUAAGUAUUGCCAGAAACGAAAAUAAAGCUAGAAUUUCUUCCACCUA